UGCGGCUUCAUCUACGCGAGUCUCUCCGAACCUGCUCGAUGCCUUCUUCCCUGCAAUCCUCCGCCCGACUGCUGCGUGGAACCCUCCCUGGAGUGUCUGGAGUCUCUUCCGUGCGCGCAGCCCAGCCCGUGGCCCCCCACCUCCACCAUCUCCAUCGCCAACCUGUCCUGCAUCGCCCCUAUUCCUCUUCCCCUCCUCCCUCAUCUUCCCCAUCCGCCUCCCCGUACAGCCGCUCCAACUUCAAGAUUCUCCCCUUCCUGACCAUCAUCGCCAUCGGCACGGGCUCCUACGUUCUCCUCGUCAAAUCCCGCACUGGUGUCCACAAACCCAAACCCGCCAACUAACCCCAAAAUGGCCACCACCCCCGAAAAGACCCCCCGCUUCUCCCCGGCCGACAUCACGGUCGUCUUCUGCCUGGGCGGGCCCGGCAGCGGCAAAGGAACACAAUCCGCCAACCUGGUGCGCGACUACGGGUUCACGCACCUGAGCGCCGGCGAUCUCCUGCGCGCGGAACAGGUCCGCGAGGGCAGCCAGUACGGCGACCUCAUCAAGACCUACAUCCGGGAGGGCAAGAUCGUGCCGAUGGAGAUCACUGUGGCGUUGCUGUCGAAUGCCAUGGCCGAGGCCCUGACCUCGAAGGCUCCGUCCGCCGUGAAGCCGCGCUUCCUCAUCGAUGGGUUCCCGCGCAAGCUCGACCAGGCCGUCUUCUUCGAGGAUACCGUCUGCCCGUCCCAGAUGACCCUGUUUUUGGAUUGUCCGGAGGAGGUCAUGGAGGCGAGGUUGUUGAAGCGUGGGGAAACGUCCGGUCGGGAUGAUGAUAAUGCCGACAGUAUUCGCAAGCGCUUCCGUGUCUUUGUCGAGACGAGUAUGCCUGUCGUCCAGGCCUUCGAGAAGCAGGAUAAGGUUGUCUCUGUUACGGCCACGGGGUCUGUGGAUGAGGUGUAUGCGCGCAUCCGGGAAGGGUUCCAGGCCAAGGGGGUCAAUCCUUUGUAAAUUGGUUGAUGGCUGUUUGUCUGGGGGUUGCCUAUUCAUUUUUGUUUAUUUUUGGGGGGAGGGUUGAUCGGUGGAGUGGGGAAUAUGGAUGGGUUCAUAGAGAGGGGCAGCUAUGUAUGUGAGUUGUGUAGAAUUUAGCGUCCGGCUUUUGUGUAUAACUCCAUGUUCUGGGUUCGAGGCUUGGCUGGGGAACUGGCCACGGCUACAAUGCAAGCCGCAAGCCCGCCGAAUAUAAUAGAGC